AUGUCGGCCAUGGAUAUGUACUGGGCAGCUCCGCCCAUCUCGAGAACUCUCGCGGCUGCAGCAUUCUUCCUCUCCGUAUCAUGCCACACUGGCAUGUUGAGCUUCGGCUACGUGAUCUUCUACGUCGGACAGAUCUUGAAGGUUCCACCGUACGUGUGGACAGUGGUGACUUCGUUCCUCAUAACAGGGGAGAGUAUUGGGAUUGUACUGGACACAUACUUCCUGUACACCUACAGCAGUCAGCUUGAGAUAGCCACUCCAAGGGUAUCUGGCCCUGGAGACUAUUUCACAUACCUGCUGUUUGUUUGUUCUGUUAUUCUGGGCUUGAACAUCUUCGUCACAGGCGGAGUGGUCUUCAUAUCUGCACUGAUCUUGGCCAUGUGCUACACAUGUACUCAAGAUGCUCGAGGUCAGAAAGCAACCUUCAUCGUUGUUCAGAUCCCAGCCCAGUUCAUUCCAUACGCCAUGCUUCUCAUGACGUUGGUCAUGGCUGGACCUCAUGCAGCAAAGAUCCAAGCGACUGGAUUAGUUGCUGCCCAUCUCUACGACUUCCUCACCCGAUUGUAUCCAACAUUCGUUGGUGGUAUGAACUUGUUGCCCACGCCGAACUUUAUCAAGAGAAUGUGGCAAAGCACGGUUCCGGGGGUUGAUCAUCGAGCUUAUGGUACUGCAUUUACACCUGCCCAACGGAGCGCUUCUGCGUCUGGGUCGGCUGCUGGAGGCGUUCUACCAGAAUCAUGGCGGGAUAGGGGAUCUGGACAUCGUCUUGGUGGAGACUGA